GUCCGUGUUUCAUUUCCAUUUCAUCCAGAGUCAGCUUAUUUGUUUGUGAGAGAGAAAGAGAAGCAGAGAGAGAAAGUUGGUGUCUUGUCUUGUUUUAGCAAAGAGAGGAUCUAGAGAGAGCGUGUUCUGUUCUUUGAUAAGACUUUCAAACAUCAUGAUCUCGUGUUCUUUGAUCUCAUCGUUUUAGAUUGAAGAACCUUAUUUAUCAUUGAAGUUUGGUGUUUGAGCUGUUCACUGUUAUAAGUUGUGACUUGUAACUAGAGUGGAAUAUAUAUUCCUUGAGUGUCUUUUGUGACAAAUUAAGUUCUGAAGCUGUCAGUGUAUUGGAAAAAAAAUGUCAUUCCGUAGUAUUGUUCGUGAUGUGAGGGAUGGAUUUGGAAGCUUAUCGAGGCGGAGUUUUGAGGUAAGGCUUCCUGGACAUCAAAGGGGAAAGUCGCGUAGUUCGGUCCAUGAGUUGCAUGAUCAACCUCCAGUUAUACAGAACAGCCCAUGGGCUAGCCUUCCACCGGAGCUUCUUCGUGAUGUUAUUAAGAGAUUGGAAGCAACUGAGAGUACUUGGCCUGGUCGUAAGCAUGUGGUUGCUUGUGCUGCGGUAUGCAAAUCGUGGAGAGAAAUGUGCAAAGAAAUUGUCAACAGUCUUGAAUACUGUGGGAAGAUUACUUUUCCUGUUUCUCUGAAGCAGCCAGGGUAUAGAGAUGGACCCAUCCAGUGUUUCAUCAAAAGAGAUAAAUCUAAGCUGACAUACCACCUCUUCCUUUGCCUCAGUCCUGCCUUGCUUGUUGAAAAUGGAAAGUUUCUUCUCUCUGCAAAACGUACCAGAAGAACGACUUGCACAGAGUAUGUUAUAUCAAUGGAUGCAGAUAACAUAUCAAGAUCUAGUAACACUUACAUCGGAAAGCUUAGGUCUAAUUUUCUUGGAACCAAGUUCAUAAUUUAUGAUACACAGCCUCCCUAUAACAAUGCUCAGCUGGCUCCUCCUGGACGCAGCCGUAGAUUCAACUCGAAAAAAGUUUCACCAAAGGUCCCUAGUGGCAGUUACAAUAUCGCCCAGGUCACCUAUGAGUUGAAUGUCCUCGGUACUAGAGGUCCACGAAGGAUGAAUUGCACUAUGCAUUCAAUCCCCGCAUCAUCCCUCGAACCUGGUGGUCUUGUCCCAGGCCAGCCAGAGCUCGUUCCCCGCAAUCUUGAGGAUUCUUUCCGUAGUCUAUCCUUUGCACGAUCAAUCGAUAACUCAACUGAGUUUAGCAGCUGUAGGUUCUCAGACAUAAUGGGAGCUGGCAAUGAAGACGAGGAGGAGGGGAAGGAGAGACCUCUAGUUCUUAAGAACAAGUCUCCUAGAUGGCAUGAACAGCUGCAAUGUUGGUGCCUUAACUUUAGGGGACGCGUGACUGUUGCGUCUGUUAAGAACUUUCAGCUGAUCGCUGCAGCACAGCCUGCACCUGUCGCUCCUCAUGCCGCAACAGGACCUGCACCAUCACAGCCAGCACAGUCAGACCAUGACAAGAUUAUUCUUCAGUUCGGUAAAGUCGGCAAGGAUAUGUUUACAAUGGACUAUCGAUACCCUCUUUCGGCAUUUCAGGCUUUUGCGAUAUGUUUGACUAGCUUUGACACAAAACUUGCAUGUGAAUAGUAACAAGAGAUACAUGUGGCAAGACAAUUAGAAUGUAAUCUCCAUUUUAGGAAUUCAUAGGAUGGUGAAGCUGAACUAAGUCAUUGUAUGCCUCAUAGUUAAACUGUAAAGUUCAAAACCAAAACAAUCUCUUCCCAAUGUCCUUUUUUAUGUUGUCAUUGCCCUUUUUCUUUUGAACAUGGCCCCCUUUAUGUAAGUUAUGAUUUAAAGUUUAAACUAUCUUUAUCAUACUUUGUUGAUGUAGACUUGCAUACUUUUUAUGUUGAAGAUGUAAUGAAAAAUUUAGUAGCCUUCAAUA